GCCAUGGGUGACUGACUAGCGGCGGCAACUGUAAAUGACAGGGCAAGCCUUGCUGUGUUCAAUUCCACCACAACUCUAUCUAUUAAAGUCUAUUGCAAUCGGCCUUAAGCCUCAGAAAACGCCAACACGUAUUGCAUGCACUCAUCACCUGAAUUCGGGAUAUGCGGGAUAUGCUUAAAGAUUCAAGCCUUUUAGAUCAUACUAACAACCCACUCUACCUUAGAGCUCAAGUCAUAAGCCACCACCACCAUCACCACUACAAAACAGGAUUCCCCCAUUUCCAUCUUCAAUGGCACAACAACAAACGUCAAAGAAAGAAGAAAAGAGAAGGGAAGGGAAGAGGCUCGAGCUCAGACUCCGUCCGGAAAGCUUGAAGCGGAUUCAGUUUAGGAACCUUACGCCAUCCGGCGGGAUGCAACGUAG